GCGCCGUGCGCGCGCGCCCGCGGUGCGCACCGCGCCGGCCGGCUGCCGCGCGUGCUGACCGAUGGCCCCCGGGGCCUCGCGGAGCCCGCGGCCCUGCCGCGGCGCGGAGGUGCCAGGUGACCCUGGCGGUGCCGCCGCUGCGGACGCCGCCAGCGCCGCAGGUGGCGGGUGGUCGGCAGUGGGCUGGCGGAGCGGCGGCGCCUGGGGCGAUGGCGCCUGGGGCGAAGGCGGGGACCAGUGGUCCGACUCGGGCUGGCAGGGCGGUUGCGGCGGCGCCUGGGGCGAGGGUGAGGACCAGUGGUCCAGCUCGAGCUGGCAGGGCGGCGGCGGCGGCCAGGGCGAGGAGAGGCCGGUGCCGCGGCGGGGCACGAGGAGGGCUGGGAGCCGUGGUACAUUGACGCCCACGACCUCGCGCUGCAGCCGCGUGGCCAGGGCGGGCACCGGUUCACGCUGGUGCUGCUCCACGCCUGCAGCGGCGGGCCAGACGACUGGCUCCCCAUCGUCCACAGGCUGUCGGUGCCCUUCCGCAGCAGCGUCCGCGUGGUGGUGCCGUGUGCGCCGGUGCGGCGCGAGGAGCACGGAGGCUGGAUCGGUGAGAUGAACUCCUGGUUCGAGUACUCGGAGGACCGCGACGACUCGCCAUCCCCGCCCCCGACGAGGAGCAGCGCUCGCGCCUGCUGGCCCUGCUGGAGCGCGAGCGCGCGCUCCUGCCGGGCGGGGACCCACGGCGCCUCGUGAUCGGGGGCCUGUCGCAGGGCGUGGCCCUCGCCGUCGACGUGGCGCUGCGGGCGCCCUUCACUGUGGGCGGCGUGCUCGCGCUCCGCGGCUCGGUGCUGCCGAGUGCAUCACGGUCUCCCCGCCGGGCGCGGCCCGGCGGCCACGGGCGCGCGCCGCGGGCGUGCAGGUGAUGGCCUUCCACGGCGAGCGCGACAGGCAGUGCCCGUUGGAGGCUGCGAGGGCUGGCUACGAGGGAUUGAGGAUCCGCGGGGCCCACGUGCGCAUCGCGUCGGACCCAGAGCUGGGGCAUGCCUGCGCCAGAGGGCGACAAAGGCUCAGCCGCAUGGAGGCGCAGCACGCCAGCGCCUUCCUGGAGGAGCUCUGGGGCUCGCUGUAGCGCGCGGUCGGGGAUGGG